CAUGAUGAAGCCAGCUUGUGGAAUUGGAAUUUUGCAGGUUUGGUGGGAUUGAAUUUUAUAUGUUUCUGCAAUCCCAAAAGGGUGGUCGGAACAGAUGGAAGUUAUCAUGGUAAUGCUGAUUUUCUUUACCUCCCUCCAUUCGUUUUCGAAAUCUCUGUUAAUCAAACAGGAAGAAAAAACCGACCAUUUCAGGUUCGUUGCAUCUGGACGGAUUUUGAGGAGCUUUUGUUCCUGUUCGUGAUCUCCUUUACUAGGAUUUGAAAAUUUUCUUUAUGAUGAUCAUUAUUUCAGAAAGACGAGGACCGUCGAGUGUGGGCGAACGAAAAAGUUGAUGUGUAGGAAACAGUUUUCAAGGAUAUUACGGAGUGGUCCACUAUCGAUGGCUUUCAUGCAAUGCUUUUGCGCCAAGGAAGAAGAAGAGGAGAACUAGGAAAUUUUGAUACAUAGUUACAGUUUCCAAUGGGUCAUUCUGACAAAGAAGGACUCGGAACAAAGGAGAUGGACAUCAGAAGCAUGUCAUCUUCACGCCAUCACAUGGAAAACUUGCCAUAUGUUCACAAGGUGGGAGUGUCUCCACGGCAGAACCUGCUGAAGGAAUUUGCAUCAACUAUGAAGGAAACAUUCUUUGCUGAUGAUCCUUUACGCCCUUUCAAGGACCAACCAGGAUCAAGAAGGUUUAUCCUAGGUCUUCAGGCUGUUUUCCCCAUCUUGGAGUGGGGGAGGAACUACAGCUUAACAAAGCUUAAAGGAGAUAUUAUUGCAGGACUCACUAUUGCAAGUCUCUGUAUACCUCAGGAUAUUGGAUAUUCAAAUCUAGCAAAUCUGUCUCCCCAGUAUGGAUUAUACUCCAGCUUUGUUCCCCCAUUAGUUUAUGCCUUCAUGGGAAGUUCAAGAGACAUUGCCAUUGGACCAGUGGCAGUGGUGUCUCUCUUGCUAGGAACUCUGCUCCAGGAUGAGAUUGAUCCUGUUAAACAUGCAGAAGAGUACCGUCGCCUGGCAUUUACAGCUACCUUUUUUGCUGGAAUCACUCAAGCUGCCCUUGGGUUUCUUAGAUUGGGAUUCCUGAUUGACUUCCUAUCCCAUGCUGCCAUUGUUGGGUUUAUGGGUGGGGCUGCCAUUACAAUUGCACUUCAACAGCUCAAAGGUUUUCUUGGGAUUCAAAAUUUCACAAAGAAAGCUGACAUUGUUUCUGUAAUGCACUCAGUUGUGGGUUCAGCACACCACGGGUGGAACUGGCAGACUGUACUCAUAGGAGCAGUAUUCUUAAGUUUCCUUCUAUUUUCCAAGUACAUAGGAAAGAAGAACAAGAAACUUUUUUGGGUACCUGCAAUUGCCCCAUUGAUCUCCGUUGUCCUCUCCACCUUUUUUGUGUAUAUCACCCGUGCAGACAAGAAAGGUGUUCAAAUUGUGCGGCAUAUAGAGAAGGGCAUCAACCCAUCAUCAGUACAUGAAAUCUAUUUCAGUGGCCAUUAUGUUCUGAAAGGAUUCAAGAUUGGUGUUGUGGCUGGUAUGAUAGCAUUGACGGAAGCUAUAGCAAUAGGAAGAACAUUUGCAUCCAUGAAGGACUAUCAAAUUGAUGGAAACAAAGAAAUGGUUGCACUAGGAACAAUGAAUAUUGUUGGUUCAAUGACUUCCUGUUAUGUGGCCACAGGUUCAUUCUCACGUUCAGCUGUGAAUUACAUGGCUGGUUGCCAAACUGCAGUUUCCAAUAUUGUAAUGUCCUGUGUUGUAUUACUAACCUUGGAACUGAUCACACCUCUCUUUAAAUAUACGCCGAAUGCCAUCCUUUCUUCUAUCAUUAUUUCUGCUGUGAUUGGACUAAUCGAUUAUGAGGCAGCACUUCUCAUAUGGAAGAUUGAUAAAUUUGAUUUUAUUGCUUGCAUGGGAGCCUUCUUUGGUGUAGUUUUUGUUUCUGUUGAGAUUGGUCUAUUAAUUGCGGUCUCUAUAUCCUUUUCUAAAAUCCUCCUACAAGUGACAAGGCCACGUACUGCAGUACUUGGAAAGAUCCCCGGGACUACUGUCUACAGGAACGUUGCACAAUACCUUGAUGCAACAAAGGUUCCUGGAACACUCAUUGUGAGAGUUGAUUCCGCUAUCUAUUUUUCCAACUCCAACUAUGUUAAGGAGAGGAUCUUAAGAUGGUUAACUGAUGAGGAAGAACAACUGAAAAUAAAGGACAUAGCUAGAAUCCAGUUCUUGAUUGUUGACAUGUCACCCGUUAUUGACAUUGACACCAGUGGCAUUCAUGCCUUGGAAGAGUUACACAGGAGUCUUCAGAAGAGGGAUGUUCAGCUUGUUCUAGCAAAUCCUGGGCAAGUGGUGAUCGACAAGCUUCAUGCAUCCAACUUCGCGAACUUGGUUGGUGAGGACAAGAUUUUCCUCACCGUGGCAGAUGCAAUUCUAACUUGUGCUCCAAAAAUGAUGGUAGAUGAAGUUUGAUAAGAAGUUCAACACAAAAUCCAACUUCCUCUAUUGGAAAGUGUUAAGAUCUAGGAAGAGAUGGUCCUUGGCAUGGCUCAA